UGUCAAUGGCAGUUGGGGCGGCGGAGGCUCGAGGGGAAAUUCGAAAUAAAUGAGCGUGAACGGCGGCGGCGCGCCUGAGAAAUGGAGAAGAUGAUAAUCGGCUUCCUCCUCUUCAUCUCCCCGGCCUUUCCCGUCGGACCGUCGCGGAUGGAGCUUCACGCCGAGGCCAAAGAACUAUGCUUCGGAGUGAACAAUGAGCCUUACUGGUGUGAAACGGGAUACUGCUGUGGGGAGACAGAAUGUUGCACCUACUAUUACGAACUGUGGUGGUUCUGGUUGGUCUGGACUAUAAUUAUCAUGCUUAGCUGUUGCUGUGCUUAUCGUCACCGGCGCGUGAAGCUACGACUACAACAGGAGCAGCGACAGAGGGAGAUCAGCCUGAUGGCCUAUCAGGGUGCUAGCACCUACACAACACAACCACUGGACUUAAGGUUCUGGACAAACUGUAAGCUUCCAGACUAUGAGGAGGUAGCAGGCCACCCACCAACGCCCCCUCCUCCCUAUACUGAGUUACAACAACAGAAUACACAAACCUCCAACCAUGAAAAUGCUGUUGUAGAAAGCCAGCCUGUUCUGCAGGAGUCUGCAGCCUCCCCAGUGCAAGAGGGUGAGGCAACAAUGCAAGAAGUGGAGACAAGCUCAUCUGCUUGUGAACAGGAAGAUGAGCAUCAGGUACCUGACACCUCUGUGGUCAGUUGCUCAAGUGACAGAGUAAAUGGCAAUAUAAUUCAAGAUGAGGAAUCUGCUGAUUUUAAAACCUUGGAAAUGGAUUCUCAUUUGUGUGACCAAGGGGAAAUGAAGGAAGAUAGCUCCUCGAGGCAAAGACGAAUCACUGGAGACUCUGGCAUAGAGGUGUGUGUGUGCCAGAUGGAUGAGGACCCUUACCAUGAGGAAGUGGGUCUGAUGGAUGGCGAUGGUGCCCAAGAAUGUUGUGAGGCCCAAUCAUCCUGUAACUCGCAAGUCUUCAAACGGGCUCAAAAUAUGCAGCCUAAACAACAUACAAAAGAGCAAGAAGAAAAGAACAGUGACGUGGUAUAAGUGUGCCACUGGUACUUGAGUAAAACAGAUGGUGCAAUCUAUGACUGCUGACUGUUAAAGCAUUAAUUCUGGGCUUACAAAAUGUUUUCCAUAAGGUGCCACAAGUAAAUCAGGUGAAAGGUGCAAAUUGUAGUCAAUAGACAGAGUUUUGUAUCUGUCCAGGGUUUCACAAUUGGGUGGCCUGCAAAUAGUCCAGAUUUCUUGUUAGGAUUUUUAAAAAAAAUAUUGUAGCAAUAUAAUGAGUGGGUAAUUUUCAAACUUUUGUCUUCAGAGCCUCUUAUUGGAAAAAUUUGAGGUUUGUUUUGCCAUUUAAAACAAACUCACUCCAACUUUUUUUUUACUUUGUAAAGGGGUGGGGGAGGAAGGAAACCCUUCUCUAACCUCGAGUAUAUUUUGAGAGGAAAUGGGGCCUUUUUAGCCUGGCCUUUCCCAUUGCUGUUGUGUAGCUUUCGGGAUGUUGAAGAGUUUCUCAGGCUACUUUAACUAAAGGCAUCACUGAUUUUCCUCCUUGCAGUGUGCAUGUAGCUUCCUAAAGAGUACCUGACAAAAGUCCUGCCUAGAAUUGGCUAGUCAGUACAUGGUGAUUCUGUGCCCUGUGGUGCAGCAUGUUAACUGGUUUACUGCCAUAUCCCAAGGAUUCUUUCAUCCUUUAAGUAAUUUAUUAAAAGAUGGAUCUGUUGGAUUGCAACAUGUUACCCAUCUGAAACUCCCUGACUCCUGAUUGUUCUUUUAAACAGGAGGCUUAGUUUUAAUAAAAGUUGUGUUUAGUCUGCACUAAUGCAUUGUACAUUUAAGUACAAGUUUACUUUUAAGUUUAAUUUUAGAUUUGGCAUUGAGUAUAUUUCUGUGGUACUUUUGGUAUAAGUUUGUGGGGGGAAAAAAACUUAAUACCAUUUGAAUGUUGAUGUGCUAAAUGAUAUACCAAACUUUUAUUCAUGCUAGGUAUAAUCUCCAUUAUAAAAAGCCAAACUUCAGGCAAUCGAUUGUAGGAUAGUAAUAUGGCCUGUACCAGAAGAAAGUGUUGAUGUUCACCAUGUGUUUGACAGGUAUUCUGCCCACUUGAUACAUAACCUGUGUUGACACUAGGAUUCCAGUGAUUCUGGAUUUGUAAUAUUUUCAUCAGAAUUAUGGAAAGGUAUGCAAUAGUUCUGUUCCAAAUUCUUGUCUGCUGAACUUGAGUACAAGAACUUUUUGGACUAUAUUGUACCAAUUGAAAUACUGGCAGAGACAGGAAUGUUACUGAGUAGGAGCAACUGAAAAUGAAAUACUUGACAAUGUUAAUAUAUUGGCAUGAGUGUGUUGUUUCUCCCAUUGAAUAUGUAGGCAAUAACCCUGUAAAUCUUUAUUUCAGCCUUUGGGUAGUUUUGUCAAUUUAGUUUAAAUCAAGUGGGUACAGAAUUGUAUAAGAAUGUACAACCUUAAGUACCUCUUGACUUGUAGACAUCAAAAUAAUCCAAUGUAGAGGGUGGAAGGCAGGAGUUGCUUGUAUUUAGAGUUUAAAAAAUCGAGCAUUACAAGAUCUAUAAGCAAAAAUAGUGUCAGAACAUGUCAUUCACUUCUGAAGAAUUGGUGUAUGUAAAUGUUCAACUAUGUGAUACCUGCAGCUUGGGAAUCUUCCCUGUUGCCCCUGCCAGACCUGUACUACUAAUCGCACUCUCUCCCCUUUCCAUGUUUACAAAGUAGAGAAAAGCAUCAGUCUUGUGAGCUGCACUGAAAAUGCUGCUUAAACAAACACUACAAAACAUAAAAAGGAUGUUGAAUCAAAUUUUAAAAACAAAAGCCUGUUAAUACAUGCAUAAGAAUUUUUUCUUCUGUUUUAUUACUGAUGAUUGGGACUUUUAUUUAUAAAAUAUUUCCUAGAAGAAGGGCUAAGAGAAUAAUUGGUGCCUUGCAUGGAAUUGGAAUGUUUUCUUUAAAAAAAACACAGAAGGAUCCCAGCAGGCAUAAACAACAGUAAAACUUUAUAACGAAUCAACAGAGUAGACAUUGAUUGAAGCACAAUAAAGUAAGCAAGGAGUGGCACACAUUUUUUUUUCAGUGUACACUCUGAACUCAUUAUUGGAUGUUAAAUUGAUAAAGUAAGUGUCAUAGAUGUACAGUAGUGUCUGCAACAGGUACUUGAUAAUGAAAUUCAGCUAUAAUAGAAUUAUUGAUUUCUUUUGUUUAGACAAUGAGAAGGCAAAGUAAAUGAGUAAAAUUUGUACUCUGCUUGUACGUAGCUUCAUCUUGUCAUAAAUGACGGCUCUGGGAUGGGGGGAGGGAAAGCAGCUUCUGACAAUGACCUUCCAAAGAGCAACAAUGAGAGCAAUUGGAUACUUGGAAUUAUACAGCAGAGAAACGGGCCUUUUGGCCCACCAUAUCUAUGCUGUCCAUGAGUCGCCUAAUGAUUUCAUUUGCUGAAAUAUGAAGUGAAACAAAACCUAGCUAUUGCAUGAAAAGGGACUUGUGAAAGUGUUUAAAUAAACCCAACUGGAGUAAACUAUUUACAUUUUUGUGAUCUGUGGAUUUGAACAGCUAUGAAGAUUUAAUUUUGAACAAUAAAAAUGAUGUCUUGAGGCCUUUAAAUGUUAAUGUUUAUACAGAUGUGGGAAAUAACAGAACUAACAAGGUUCCCUAAAUUGUCUCAAAAGAGAACUGUAAAAGCUGAUUGUAUGGGAGAAAUAGCACAUUGUGGCCAUGUUAUUAAGGAGAAAGAAAGCUGACUGUAAAGGAUCCUGUGGGUAAAGAAUUCCAUGGCAAGAUGAAAGGAUGUAAGGAACAGUUGUAACUUCAGGUUCUAUACAUUCCCAUCUGAGCAAAAUGGAAAAUUGAAUGUAUUGGCCGUGAACUUGGAAAGCAAAGGCAGUGCAGACAAUAUGGGCAAUUGAACAAUUCUUUCAGAUCCUCAGUGUCUUUUUAUGUAAAGAAUCUGAUGUCCUUUUGAAUAUUAUUUUGAGGGAGGUCAUUUUUUUGCAGUCAUGGAGUACUGUUAUAUUUUGAUGCCUUUUUAAUAUGAACAUUUUAAUUUUGUAAUUUCAUAGGGACACUGAUAGAAAAUGCAUGUUCUAUGGUGUGAUUUUAUUGUACUCUGAAUUACAGUGCUGAAGUCUUUUAUAUAUAAAAAAAUAAAUGAAAACUGUUUCUUUGCUGCUA